AUGCUGACUGUGGCCACCACGCCCCUGGAGAGCCUGUACUCUCCGAGCAGCGCUGGAUCAAAGGAUGCUGGUGGAGACAGCCUGAUUGCAAAGCAUGUAUCUGCCCCCAUCUCCGAGGUGCCUGCCAAGAAGGAGGAAAUGGGUGACAAAGGGAUCCCUCUGCACAAAGGAAAGUCACUGAGGAGGGCCCUGAAGGAGCGUGGGCUGCUGGAGGACUUGCUGAGGAAACACCGGCAUGCAAUUGGCAGGAAGUAUUCCACUGGGGAGGCGGCCAGCGAGCCUCUGACCAACUACUUAGACAUGAGUGGCUCUGAAGCAUUUCCAUGUCAGUACUUUGGCAAGAUCUACAUUGGGACCCCACCCCAGGAGUUCACCGCAGUCUUUGACACAGGUUCCUCAGACCUCUGGGUUCCCUCUGUCUACCACAACAGUGAUGCCUGCUGUGAAAACCACCAUCUCUUUGACCCAUCGAAGUCCUCCACCUUCCAGAACCUGGGCCAGUCCCUGUCCAUCCAGUACGGCACAGGCAGCAUGCAGGGCUUUCUAGGCUAUGACACUGUCACCGUCUCCAGUGUUGUGGACCCCCACCAGACUGUGGGCCUGAGCACCCAGGAAUCUGGCAACAUCUUUGCCUACUCUGAGUUUGAUGGGAUCCUAGGGCUGGCCUAUCUGUCUCUUGCCUCUGAGUACUCAGUGCCCAUGUUUGACAACAUGAUGCACAGGCACCUGGUGGCACAGGACCUGUUCUCGGUUUACCUGAGCAGGGAGGAAACUGAGAUCUGGGGAGGGAUGGUCACCCUGGGCUCCUGCUCCGGGUCCAGUGCUCCCUCUACCUUCCUGCUCCCUGUGAUGAUGAAGCUCAGCUUGGACAGAGGGGCAGGAAUGACCAGGGGCACACGUUCAUGCUGGAGACAUCAACCAUCCUACUACACAGGCUCACUGCGCUAGGUGCCCAUGACUGUGCGGGAGUACUGGCAGUUCACUGUGGACAGCAUCGCCAUCGCCGGCAUGGUGGUGGCCUGUGAUGGCAGCUGUCAGCCUGUCCUGGACUCGGGCACUUUCCAGCUGAUUGAUGUCCUCGACAUCCAGCAGGCCAUGGGGGCCACACAAGGCCAGUGUGGCCAGUUUGACGUCGACUGCGGGAGCCUGAGCAGCAUGCCCACGAGUCAGAUGAAUGGACUGAUGGACAGGCUGGUGCAGAAGGUGCUGUGUGGAUAUUUUGAUCUCUGGCGGCAGCCUGGCUAUGGAUCUGGACCAGGUUUCAAGGAUUUCUUUGGCCCCAAGAAGGAGAGGAAGAGCAUUCUACAGCCCACGGAGUGCUUCCUGCUCCAGAGGGUCCACCUGGACCUCACCAGCCUCCAGCAACCUGUGAAGGCCCCCCCAGAUGAUAAGAAGUGA